UCCUCCCAGUCCGUCCCAGGCUCCCCCCUUCCCCUCCUCUCCCCUCCCUCCCCUCCCCUCCCCUCCCAAAAAAAGCACCGCACCAAUACGGGAGGGACGGGACGGGAGGAACCGGGAACCGCGCCUCGACAGCGGAUCGGCGCCGCGCCGGUGGUAGGGGAGGGGGAUGUCCACGCGGUCCAAGUCCGUGCCGGGCUCCUUGGGCGGCGCCGGCGGCGGCAGCGCGGCCGGGGGCGCGGCCGUGCCGCUCGCCGUGCUGCUGCGCCGGGAGGUCGUCAGCGAGAGGACCGCCGCCGAGCGACCCGACCUGCAGCACGGCUUCUUCAACCAGGCCAAGAAGGGCGAGGACUUCUUCCUCCUCAAGCCCCACUGCGAGCGCCUCCAGGGCGUCCCCUCCUCCUCGUUCUCCGCCUUCGGCAUAUUUGAUGGCCACAAUGGGAGUGGAGCCGCCAUAUACACCAAGGAGAAUCUCUUGAGCAACAUCUUGAGCGCAGUCCCUGCUGAUCUCAACAGGGAGGACUGGCUUGCCGCGCUUCCCAGGGCGAUGGUUGCAGCGUUUGUCAAAACCGAUAAAGAUUUCCAAACUAAAGCUCGCUCUUCAGGAACAACAGUCACAUUUGUGAUAAUAGAUGGAUUGAUUGUUACUGUUGCAUCUGUUGGCGAUUCACGGUGUGUGUUAGAAGCGGAAGGUUCUAUUUAUCAUUUAUCUUCCGAUCAUCGAUUCGAUGCCAGUAAAGAGGAGGUUGAUCGUGUAACAGAAGCUGGAGGUGAUGUCGGGAGGCUAAAUGUUGUUGGUGGUGCCGAGAUUGGCCCCCUUAGAUGUUGGCCAGGGGGGUUGUGCCUAUCGAGGUCAAUCGGAGAUCAGGAUGUGGGUGAAUUUAUCGUUCCCGUUCCUCUCGUCAAACAAGUAAAGCUAUCUACUGCUGGAGGCCGGCUUAUUAUUGCAAGCGAUGGUGUUUGGGAUGCCUUGACUGCAGAACAGGCUCUGAACUGUUCGCGAGGAGUUCCCCCUGAGGCUGCAGCUGAGCACGUUGUUAAAGAAGCAGUGCACUCAAAAGGACUGAGGGACGAUACCACUUGUAUUGUUGUUGACCUAGGACAUGAGAAAGGCAACCCAGCUAUGCCAGCUCAUAAAAAGCAACCAGGAAUGGGUGUUUUCAAAAAUAUGUUCCGCAAGAAAACAUCUUCCGACUCAUCAUGCCAUUCAGAUAGAGAAUAUAUGGAUCCAGACGUUGUAGAAGAAAUAUUUGAGGACGAAUGUGCAUUCCUCUCUAGACGGCUCGAUUCUGAAUACCCUGUUCGAAAUAUGUUCAAACUCUUCAUAUGUGCUAUUUGUCAAGUGGAGUUAAAGCCAAAUCAAGGGAUAUCUGUACAUGAAGAUUCAUCGCAACCUGGGAACUUGCGUCGCUGGGAUGGUCCGUUCCUUUGCCAGAGCUGUCAGGAAAAGAAAGAAGCCAUGGAGGGAAAGCGCCGUUCACGAGAUUCCUCAUCGAGAAAUAGCGGGUCCAGUGAAUAGUCCUCAAGGUUAGAGUUUUUCGCUUAAAAAAGGGUUAGUGAUACCAGGGAGCUAUGGACCUGACAUUGCCUCAGUCCCCCAAGAGACAAUCAUUUUGGCAGCAUUUCACAUUGUUUUGGCACUUCCCUGAUCGCAUGGACUGCCUGGGUUUUUUUGAUCUAAGAUAAGAUGGAUAUGGAUUACCAUCAAGCAGGUGGUUACUGUUGAAUAGCCUAAAUGCCACUUGAAGUGGCAACAUACCUUGUCCUUGAUUAAAGAGGACAAGAAGCUUUUUGCUUCGCAGUUUUACUCGGAUCAUUUGACCAUGGUGGCACCUAUAUGUCCAAAGAUCAUAGGGGAAGAAUGACAUGACAUGUUGACAUAUCUAUUCUUAGGUCAAACUACAGUGUGAGUUACUGGUCAUAUACCAGCUCUGAUGAAUAGAAAGGGCAUUCUUCAGACCAACCUUGAAUUAUGGUCGAGUACUCCACGCCUGUUGAAAUCCAGCUACUCCUAACUCCCUUGUAACUAGCAUAUAAAGAAACUCAUUCAUAGAGCUGUGGCCUUGAUUUAUCCGCAAAACAUUUCCAUGCUUGACAUACAAUGUAUAGAAUCUUGCUAACAAGGCAUAUCUGUUUCUUCA